UCUCAGUAUUGAAGCACAGAUGAAGAUCACAAUUCGUCAUUGCCUUCACUAUUCUUUUGGCAAGUGACUCGUCGUAGUGUUCUCCAUGGCAACGAGUAGCGCAUUGUUCGCCUGUCUGGCAGCAUACGUGUUGAUUGUGACGACGUCAUCACUCCCUGUUGAUGACGUAAGCCAUGAUUCGUCUCCCAACAUUCUCAACUAUCUCGGUGUCGGCUACAACAUUCUCACAGGCAACCCGGAUGGCGGUGACGUCACCAAUGGUGGAGUCGACCCGGGUCUGAUGGUGACGCGACGAAUCCUGGACCUGACGUACCACAACGGCGAGCUCUCAUUGGACAGUCAGUAUCAGGUGCCUGAUCAGGUGACAUUUGUACCCCGUGACAGCUGCAAGCACGACAGUCGGCUGUUCCAUAGUGCAAGGACGUACCAGGAGAAACUUGCCCGAGAUGUUGAUUUGGAUGAUGAUCUGAGGAAGUUCUUUGCCGGUUACGAGUUUUCAAAGAGUGGACGAUAUGAAACUAUCCGAGACGCAGCUGACACAACCAACUAUGUAUACUACGAAGAGAGAUCCGUCUGUUAUAGAGGCGGGGCGCGAUACAAGGAUGAAUUGGCGGGAAGCGACCGAUACCCACUAUCUAGAUCGUUUGUCGUUGACGCCUGCGCUCUCCCCGUGGACUUUAAACUCGCGGAAUAUAUGUUAUUCUUACAAGAAUGGGGAACCGGUGUGAUCGUCGAAGUCGAGGUCGGUACAAAGAAUGUCAAGCGUUUCAGAUCACGCGACGUCGACUUUGUGAAACACGUCAGUGAGAAGUACCCGGAAACACUACAAUCUGGCGGGGCCUUCAUGGGUUAUUCAAGCUCUGUGGUUGUCGAUAUGAAGGCCCUCUCGACCAAGCUCGGUGGUUCGGACUUCUUCGGUGAGCACUCGGAGGCGCUUCGUAUCGGUGGGAAUGACCUGCUGGAACCAACCCAUGUCAAGAUUAUAGGGAUUCAUGAGAUUUUUACAGACGUCUACUGGAAGUUGUUCGAUGAUUACGUAGCAGAGGGGCUUUGUGACGUCACUUUCAAGACCCGGAUGGCCGAGGUCCGCAGUAAUGUCCGACAUGCACUGGAACGGUUCGCCACUUGGGCAAAUGCAAAUCUGGCAGAUGACCCUCAGAUCCAAGUUCCUCUGACGUGGCCGUAUAGGACCUACACCCUCCCCAUGCCUCAGAUCGGAUGCCCUGUCGCACAUUUCUACUGGAGAACAGAGAAACUUCUCUCGCAUACAGCCGAAGAAACCGGUAAUGUCAAAGCCAACUGGGUCGUUUUCCGCAGAUUGGGUAAACUAGCCGAGGGAUCGCGCUACCAGGACACGGAGAAGUACUUACCUAACAACUACUGGUCUGACCCGUGCCACCUGCAGGGUCCUUACCAUUUCUUCAGCGUUGAGCAGAACUUCUGCUCCAAGACCGUGGCGGCUGAGGACGACUACAACUGGGAGUGGCCUCAGGGCGAGUACUGCAUCUUGAAGAAGGGCACUGAGUGCCCAUCAGGUUUCGACGAGGGUUGGGUGCUCUGGGAUGACAGCGAUCUCCUCAACUCCAACCGUGCCACGGGCGAGCUCCCCGAGGGCGUGUACGAUCGCGACACUCUGAUGUACUUCUGCUGUCGCGAAGACGGUUCGGCGUCGAAUGAAGUCUUCCUCCCGACCGACGACAACUUCUUCCUCUUCCAGAAGUCGACGGUGUCAUGUCAAGAGGUGUUCGGGAUGAGUGUCAACGAGGAGUUCUUCCGAUGGGACGGGGAGGACGAUCGCGUGGUGCUUAAGGACUACGUUGGAGGGAGUACACCCUACAACACAGGAAAGGACAGUGACCAUAAGAUACACUAUUGCUACUACUACACCGGCGAGAUGGACUAACUAACACUGAAUCAUUUACACCGCACUUCUCAGCGACUAUAGGAGUACACCGUACAACACCGAAAAUGACUGCGACAAACAGACAUUAUAUUGCUACUACUACACCGGCGAUAUGGACUAGCUAACCCUAAUGUAUUGACUGCAUCUAACACCAAACACCACAGAUACUUCCAGGAUGGGAGUACACCGUAUAACAUCGGAAAUGACACCGGCCAUAAGACACAUCGGUACUAUUACUACACAGGCGAUUUGGACUAACACUGAACAAAUUGCCAUUACACCGUAUAACCAGGGACAUGCUGUCCCUGGUAUAACAUAGGAAAGGACAGUGGCAAUCAGAUACACUACUGCUAGUAGUAAACUGAUGAUAUAGGCUACACGAUGACAUGAUAUCUUGACACUUGGCACCUCGGGAAAGACUUCCUGACCAAGACUGAUCACAUGGGUCAACAACCCUCAAUCUUACGUACAGCAUUGGGAAACAAUAUCAUACAACAACAGGGGGUUCAAAAUAAUUAACAACAUUCACAGU